GGCGCGCGGGGUCCACGCAGCCGGGCGGCGCGGCACGCAUGCUCAGUCCCGCACGUCCCGGCGGGCGGGGGCCGGCGCCGGGAGGGAGGCGGGGGCAGGAGCGCUCACGCAGCCGCCCGACUGGAGCGGGCUCGGCGGCUGCAGCAUCGCUCCGCGCCGGGCCUGCCGGAGCCGGGUGUAGCAUGUGCCGCGGCUCCCCGGCGGCGGCGGGAGCUCCUCUGCAGCAGCGGCAGCCACAGCAGCCGCCAUGGCCAAGUCCAGCACGGAGCUCACCCGCGAGCUGCAAGACAGCAUCCGGAGGUGCCUGAGCCAAGGGGCUGUGCUCCAGCAACAUCGUGUGAAGCUGGAGACGAAGCCCAAGAAGUUUGAGGACCGAGUUCUGGCCCUGACCUCCUGGCGCCUCCACCUCUUCCCCCUUAAAGUCCCAGCGAAGGUGGAGAGCUCCUUCAAUGUCCUGGAGAUCCGGGCCUUCAACACACUCAGCCAGAACCAGAUCCUCGUGGAGACAGAGCGAGGCAUGGUGAGCCUGCGGCUGCCAUCAGCUGAGAGUGUGGACCAAGUGACGCGGCACGUGAGCUCAGCCCUCUCCAAGGUCUGCCCUGGCCCUGGGAGUCUAAUCCGGCGUGGAAAUGCAGACACUCCAGAAGGGCCCCGAGACACAUCCCCCAACUCGGAGACUUCCACAUCCACCACUCACAGUGUGUGUGGUGGCUUCUCUGAGACCUACGCUGCCCUGUGUGACUACAACGGGCUGCACUGCCGGGAGGAGGUGCAAUGGGAUGUGGACACCAUCUAUCAUGCCGAGGAUAACCGGGAGUUCAAUCUUUUAGAUUUCAGCCACUUGGAGAGCCGAGACUUGGCCCUCAUGGUGGCAGCCCUGGCCUACAACCAGUGGUUCACCAAACUCUACUGCAAGGACCUGCGGCUGGGCUCUGAAGUGCUGGAACAGGUGCUACAUACCCUGAGCAAGUCGGGGAGCCUCGAAGAGCUGGUGCUGGACAACGCCGGACUUAAGACGGACUUUGUCCAGAAGCUGGCCUGCGUGUUUGGGGAGAACGGGAGCUGCGUGCUACAUGCCCUCACUCUGUCCCACAAUCCCAUCGAGGACAAGGGUUUCCUCAGUCUGAGCCAGCAGCUUCUCUGCUUCCCCACGGGCCUCACCAAACUGUGCCUGGCCAAGACUGCCAUUUCCCCUCGAGGGCUCCAGGCGCUGGGCCAGACCUUCGGGGCCAACCCGGCCUUUGCCAGCUCCCUUCAGUACCUGGACCUGAGCAAGAACCCGGGGCUGCUCGCCACGGACGAGUCCAACGCCCUCUACAGCUUCCUGGCCCAGCCCAACGCCCUGGUGCACCUGGACCUGGCGGGGACGGACUGCGCCGUGGACUCGCUUCUGGGUGCCCUGCUCCAUGGCUGCUGCUCCCACCUAACCUACCUCAACCUGGCGCGUAACAGCUGCUCUCACAGGAAGGGCCGAGAGGCCCCACCAGCCUUCAAGCAGUUCUUCAGCAGCGCCUACACCCUGAGCCACGUCAACCUGUCUGCCACGAAGCUGCCCCUGGAGGCCCUCAGGUCGGGGCGCUGCUCCACGGCCUCUCCCUCAACAGCCACCUCAGUGACCUGCACCUGGACCUCAGCGGCUGUGAGCUCCGCUCAGCAGGAGCCCAGGCUUUGCAAGAGCAAUUGGGGGCUGUCACCUGUGUGGGCAGCCUGGAUCUGUCAGACAAUGGUGAGUGGAGGUGUUUUCUUCCCGGGAGCCGGUGGGGACAGGGCCUGGAGCGUGGGGGAGAAGUGUGAAGGAGACUCCUGUGAGCCUCGGCCUCAAGGCCAGGCCUCUUCCAUCUACCGGCCAGGGUUUGACUCGGACCUCCUGACACUGGUGCCUGCACUUGGCAAGAACAAGUCUCUCAAGCACCUGUUCCUGGGCAAGAACUUCAAUGUCAAGGCCAAGACCCUGGAGGAGAUCCUCCACAAGCUGGUGCAGAUGAUCCAGGAAGAGGACUGUUCCCUGCAGUCCCUGUCGGUGGCAGACUCCCGGCUGAAGCUGCGCACCAGCAUCCUCAUCAACGCCCUGGGCAGCAACACCUGCCUGGCCAAGGUGGACCUGAGCGGCAAUGGCAUGGAGGACAUUGGGGCCAAGAUGCUGUCUAAGGCCCUGCAGAUAAACUCCUCCCUCAGAACUAUCCUAUGGGAUCGGAACAACACGUCUGCCCUGGGCUUCCUGGACGUUGCGAGGGCUCUGGAGAGCAACCACACGCUGCGCUUCAUGUCCUUCCCCGUGAGCGACAUCUCCCAAGCCUACCGCAGCGCCCCCGAGCGCACGGAGGACGUCUGGCAGAAGAUCCAGUGGUGCUUGGUGAGGAACAACCACUCCCAGACGUGUCCCCAGGAGCAGGCCUUCAGGCUGCAGCAGGGCCUGGUGACCAGCAGCGCCGAGCAAAUGCUGCAGCGGCUGUGCGGGCGCGUGCAGGAGGAGGUCCGGGCCCUGAGGCUAUGCCCCCUGGAGCCCGUGCAGGACGAGCUGCUCUACGCGCGGGACCUCAUCAAGGACGCCAAGAACUCCCGGGCGCUGUUUCCCAGCCUCUACGAGCUGGGCCACGUGCUGGCCAACGACGGGCCCGUGCGGCAGAGGCUGGAGUCGGUCGCCAGUGAGGUGUCCAAGGCCGUGGACAAGGAGCUGCAGGUGAUCCUGGAGUCCAUGGUCAGCCUGACGCAGGAGCUAUGUCCCGUGGCCAUGCGGGUAGCCGAGGGGCACAACAAGAUGCUGAGCAACGUGGCGGAGCGCGUCACUGUGCCCCGGAACUUCAUCCGCGGGGCGCUGCUGGAGCAGGCCGGGCAGGACAUCCAGAACAAGCUGGAUGAAGUGAAGCUCUCAGUCGUCACCUACUUAACCAACUCCAUAGUGGAUGAGAUCCUGCAGGAGCUGUACCACUCACACAAGAGCCUGGCCCGGCACCUGGCCCAGCUAAGGACACUAUCAGACCCAUCAGGGGGGCCAGGCCACGGGCAGGAUCUGUCCUCCCGGGGCCAGGGCCGGGGCCGGAACCAUGACCACGAGGAGACCACAGAUGAUGAACUUGGGACUAACAUCGACACCAUGGCCAUCAAAAAGCAGAAACGCUGCCGCAAGAUCCGGCCAGUGUCCGCCUUCAUUAGUGGGAGCCCUCAGGACAUGGAGAGCCAGCUGGGGAGUCUGGGGAUCCCUCCCGGUUGGUUCUCAGGGCUCGGGAACAGCCAGCCCGCUGCCGGUGGCUCCUGGGAAGGUCUCUCCGAGCUCCCCACCCACGGCUACAAACUGAGGCAUCAGACACAGGGCCGGCCCCGGCCCCCCAGGACCACCCCUCCGGGACCUGGUCGGCCCAAUCAGGUGCCCGUGCCUGGGAUGCGCCAGGAGAACGGGAUGGCCACCCGCCUUGAUGAGGGGCUGGAGGACUUCUUCAGCCGAAGGGUCAUGGAUGAGAGUUCCAGCUGCCCUCGGACCCUGCGGACCCUGAGGCCGGGCCUCCCGGAGCCUCCGCUGCCCCCGCUGCAGAAAAAGAGGCGCCGAGGCCUGUUUCACUUCCGCCGGCCCCGGAGCUUCAAGGGGGACAGGGGACCGGGGUCCCCCACCACCGGCCUCCUCCUCCCUCCGCCCCCACCCCCACCCCCAACUCAGGAGAGCCCCCCCAGCCCAGACCCGCCCAGCCUCGGCAACAACUCCUCGCCCUGCUGGAGCCCGGAGGAGGAGAGCGGCCUGCUCCCCGGGCUGGGCGGGAGCCGGGGGCCCUCCUUCCGCAGGAAGAUGGGUUCUGAGGGGUCAGACCCAGCGGAGGGGGGCCAGGCCCCUGGGACAGCACAGCAGCCAAGAGUCCAGGGCGUUGCCCUUCCCGGGUUGGGAAGAACCAAAGGGUGGAGCUUCGAUGGGAAACAAGAGGGCACAAGCCCAGACCUGGAGGGCAGUGUCCAGGCGUGGCAGAAGCGGCGCUCUUCAGAUGAUGCAGGGCCUGGAGCCUGGAAGCCGCCACCACCCCCUCAAAGCACCAAGCCGAGCUUCAGCGCCAUGCGUCGUGCGGAGGCCACCUGGCACAUAGCCGAGGAGAGUGCCCCCAACCACAGCUGCCAGAGUCCCAGCCCCUCCUCCCAGGAUGGGGAGGAGGGGAAGGACGGGGUCCUGUUCCCUGAGAGAACCGUUCCCGCUAGGAAUGCCAAGGACCCCCCUCUGGCUCCACGGCCCCCCAAGCCCGUGGCUGUGCCCAGGGGCCGCCGUCCCCCCCAGGAGCCAGGGGGCAGGGAAGAGGCUGAGGCUGGGAGUGCAGCCCCAGGAAUAAACAAGCCCCGGCUGAGGCUGGGCUCACAGCAGGACCAAGAGGAGCCUGAGGCCCCAGGCCCCUUAGACCCAGGCCGCCGGUCCGCCCCCCUGAAGCCCAAGAGGACUCGGCGGGCACAGUCCUGUGACAAGCUGGAGCCGGACAGAAGGCGGCCCCCCGACUCCACAGGAACCAGUGAGCCCGGAACAGACUGACCGCCGCUGCUGCGCCCUCCCCAGCCCUCCUCUCGACAUGUGCCUCACAAGGACUGACCCCCCACCCCCUGACACCCCCUGCACCUCCAGGUCCCUCUGCCAGCCCAUCUCACAGGGGCUGGAUGGCAGGAUGAGGUGUGGGGGACAGAGGGGGACAGGAAGGGAGGGAGCAACCUGGAAAGAGGGAGGCUCUGAGUGCCUGCUCCCUCAGCAGAGUCGGGGUGGGGGACAUCUCCCUCCCUGGAGGGCAGAUCUAGCCCUCUACCCCCAGGGGCUCUCUCCCCACUUGUAUAGAAUAAAAUAAAAAAAUCACUGCCUGC